AUGUAUGGUGCCUCGGCCUUAAGCACAGACACAUGCAAAAGAUGGUUUGCUCGCUUCCGUUCCGGAGAAUUUAAUCUCCAAGAUGCACCACGCUCUGGACGGCCAAAUUCUGUUGACGACGACCAACUCCUGGCUACAGUGAAGAGUGAUCGACACUUAACGACUCGAGAGAUUGCAAAGCGCUUCGGCAUUCAUCAUACAACCGUUAUGGAUCGAUUAAAAAAGCUUGGCAUGGUGAAAAAGCUUGAUGUAUGGGUGCCGCACAAACUGAGCGAAAAGAACAUCAUGGAUCAGAGUUUAGCGUGUGAAUCUCUUCUGAAACAAAACUCUCUAGAUCCAUUUCUGAAACGGAUCAUCACUAGAGACGAGAAAUGA